GCGCGCUGUGCUUCUCGCCGCGCCUGCCGCUGUGCCGCGGGGUGCUGCCCUACGACCUGACGACGCUGCCGCUGGUGCCGGGCGUGCGCCGCCUGCGCGACCUGGACGCCGCGCUGCCCUACUUCGACAUGGUGUGGAGUCGGGCUUCAGCGCGCGCGCGCGCCAGUUCGUGUUGCUCGCUGCUGGAGCCCGCGUGCCAGCCCGCCGGCGCCGGCCCGCUGCUGCCGUGCCGGCAAGGCCUGCAAGGCGGUGGCGGAGGACUGCAGUGACUUCAUCUUGGCCACACUCGACCUCUCCCGCGUGUUCCAGUGCGAGCGCUACCCCGACCUCGAGGACGCCACGCAGUGCGUCAACUUUGCCAGAGGGGACAGCUGCCUGCGCGGGGAGUUCUGGUGCCCCGACGGCACGUGCGUGCCCGGCCGCUGGCGCUGCGACGGCGUGCGCGACUGCGCGGGCGGCGCUGACGAGCGCAACUGCGCCUCCUGCAACCCCGACGAGUUCAGGUGCGAGGCGGACCGCAAGUGCGUGCCGGCGCGAUGGCGCUGCGAUGGGCAGCGCGACUGCGCGGACGCCUCCGACGAGUUGGGCUGCCCCGCGCGCCAAGGGUGCGCGCCGGGCCACUUCCAGUGCAGCGACCAGUCGGCGUGCGUGCCCGAGCGCUGGCUGUGCGACGGCCUCACGCACUGCCCCGACGCCUCGGACGAGCGCAACUGCACCGGCCUGCAUUGCCACGCCGGGGACUUCCAAUGCCGGAAGACGGGCCAGUGCAUCCCCGCCCAGUGGCGCUGCAACGGAGUGAACGACUGCGCUGACAACUCGGACGAGGAUCACUGCACCGUCAUUCACACAGUAGCUGCUCUUAAACGAUUUGUGGAAAAAUCAUUAUUUUCAGGAACUAUAGAAACCCACUUCAAAUUCGAUUGUGUGCGCACAGCGCCGCGGCUGACGGCCAUGCCGCACACGUCCCCGUGCCCGGCGGGCGAGCUGCGCUGCCUGGACGGGCGGUGCAUCACGCUGCAGCAGCUGUGCGACCGCCGCCAGGACUGCUCCGACGGCGCCGACGAGGCGAACUGCGGCGGCGGCGGCGGCGGUGGCGAGUGA